AGCUUUGAAUAGGGAAGUUUUGCAGGGGUUACGUUUGCAGUCAGUCCGGUGUUUGCAAAUAUUGUGUGGGCUCCGCGGCGCUGCGGGGCUGCGGGAGGCUCCGGGACCGGGGCUUUUUGCAUUUGCCGUGCCGUCGAGUUUGCAUGAAACUUUCACCUGCGCGGGGCUUGGGAGAGUUUGGGCUCCGACUCCGGAUCGCGCGCCGCCCGCCGGGUGUCCCCGAGCGCGGGGACCGUCCUCCUGCCGCCGCCCGAUCAUGGACGUGCUCCCCAUGUGCAGCAUCUUCCAGGAGCUCCAGAUCGUGCACGAGACCGGCUACUUCUCGGCGCUGCCCUCCCUGGAGGAGUACUGGCAACAGACCUGCCUGGAGUUGGAGCGUUACCUGCAGAGCGAGCCCUGCUAUGUGUCAGCCUCAGAAAUCAAAUUUGACAGCCAGGAAGAUCUGUGGACCAAAAUCAUUCUGGCUCGAGAGAAAAAAGAGGAAUCCGAACUGACUAUUUCCUCCAGUCCUCCAGAGGACACGCUGAUCAGCCCGAGCUUUAGUUACAACUUGGAGACCAACAGCCUGAACUCGGAUGUCAGCAGCGAAUCUUCCGACAGCUCUGAGGAAUUGUCACCCACUACCAAGUUUACCUCUGACCCCAUCGGCGAAGUCUUAGUCAAUUCAGGAAACCUGAGCUCCUCCGUCACCUCCACACCCCCUUCGUCUCCAGAACUGAGUGGGGAACCUUCUCAAGUGUGGAGCUGUGUGUCUGGAGAGCUGUCUUCCCCUGGGAAGGUGCGCAGUGGGACUUUGGGAAAACCUGGUGACAAGGGCAGCGGCGACGCCUCUCCGGAUAGCAGGAGAAGGGUACACCGGUGCCACUUUAAUGGCUGCAGGAAAGUUUACACCAAAAGCUCCCACUUGAAAGCCCAUCAGCGUACUCAUACAGGAGAAAAGCCUUACAGAUGCUCAUGGGAAGGGUGUGAGUGGCGUUUUGCCAGAAGUGAUGAGUUAACCAGACACUUCCGAAAGCACACUGGUGCCAAGCCCUUUAAAUGCUCCCACUGUGACAGGUGUUUCUCCAGGUCUGACCACCUGGCCCUGCACAUGAAGCGGCACCUCUGAGGGAACAGAGGGUGAAACUCCUGUAGGCUAAGAGGCUUCCAGGCUGAGAGACGGCCGUGGAAGGAGGGAUGCGUGUUCCAGCCAAAGCAUGCCAUUUUGUACCCUACCCAGUUGCCUCCAGGGUCUCUUCUUUGGAAGGUGUUUAGAGGGCUAACACAAAGUCUUGUGAGAAACGGCAUAGCACUUGUGGUGCUUGGUGUUGGGGUGACCCUGGACUCGCCACUGGUACUCGACCUUCUGAGGGGCGCCCGCGCCUCGGCCGUGAGCAUGCGCACUGAGAAUGUGAAUGGUUGGGUUUGACUGUAUGUUGAGGAUCUGAUACUGACUGUAUGGUGGGCAGACUUUUUUUCUUUCCUUGUGAGGGGGGAAAAAAGAAAAAAAAAACAAAAAACAACAAACCAGUUUGAAUGUUAUGUGUGUAAGGAACAUACCAUGAAAUGAGAGAACCACCUAUCAUUUCCUGGGGGGAUGUGUUUGCACCUCAGAUUUAAAAAACAAACAAAAAAAUUAAAAAAAAAAAAAGAAAAUAAAAAAAAAAGAAGGAAAAACGUGGAGGGUGGUGGGAGUGGGAACUCAGGACCCCAGAGUGGUGAGUGGUAAGGGACAAGGGGAGCCCCUGUCCCCCUUUCCUGUGUGAGAGGAACUUUUGAUGUCUGGUGCAGCUAUUAAAACGUGCAAUGUAUCAAGUAGCUUGUCGGACUUGCUACAGACAGCUCAUCCUGUCACCCAUUGUAUAAGCUGUAUUUACAAAUAGAACACAAUAAUGAUUUUUCCUUAUAAUACAAAAAAAAAAGUCAUGCAUGGUCUGGGGGAACUAUCUACUUUUCCAUUUUUAGAUCCAGACUGCAAUCUCGAUUCCAAUUAAUGAGCAGCUAAGAUGCAAUUUGUCUAAUACAACAAUCCGCCUUAGCAGCUUGGCUUAGCAAGACACAGUUUCCCCGCCCCCACCCCCCUUCGAUUUUAUAACCUCCCCACUUUUCCAGAAAAGAGGUAUUGUGCAGUGCGUUGCAGAAUCAUUUGUAAUGAUUCUGAAUUUAAAUUAGCCUUUUUUUUUUCUCGGAGAAGUUUGUGAUGCCCUUUGGAGAAAUUAGACAUAUAUUGAGUAUCGAAAAGCUAGGGCUGGAAGUUGCUGGUCUAAAGUCACAUUAGGGUAAGAACCUAAAAUUUUUCUCAGUUGGGUGGAUAAAACCACUAAGCUUAGAAACUGUUUUCUCAUGCAGCUAUGUUUCUCUUAUUUAUGCCUUGAGGACUAAUUUCUGGUUUUCUAGCUGUUAAUGCACUGUUGACCCUUCAUAAUGGUGCCUUAUGGAAGUAACCCCUUAGUGGGGGGUUGCAUACAGGGGUAUGGGUGAUGCAUGCUUAAUUAAGGCUCUUUUUCACCUGGCAUUGUACUGUAUUAAUGUAUAAUACACAAAAAGAAAAAAAAAUCUCUUUAAGGUCCUCCUUCACAAAGAAAAACAGGCAAAGAAAAUCCUCUUGACAUGUCAGUAUUUGGUCAUUAUUUCAGACUACUUGACUGUCAGUAUUAAAGAAGGGGAAAAAUAACCCCCCCCCCAAAAAAAAAACCGAACAUACGAUCAUUGAAAAAAAUCUGACCAAUUCUGCCACAGUGAGACUUCCACAUAGACCUUGCACAACAAUUGUAUAGAUCACACACCGGCUGUAUUUAAUAUGUAAUAUUUUCACACAUAUUAAAGAUACAGAAAUAUAUUUAAAAAAUCAAUGUCAAUGUAUUUGCUUAAAAGGCACAAGUUUCACAUAUCUAUCUAACUGUUGGUAAUACAGAAAGUGUACUACUUUUUUUUUUUAGAGUGGGCGGAAUUCUUGUGUAUGUAUAUUUGCGUGUAUAGUAUGUGUAUGUGUAUAUAUAUAUAUAUAUUAUAUAUAGAUAAUAUAUAAAUAUAUUUUUAAGGAGAAACUAGAAUGUUUAGCUAGAAAAUUCUACAGCCUGUGAAGAGAUAUUUCAAAAUGGCCAUAAAGGAGGUUAAAAAAAUAAGAAAACUAUAACCUAACUUUUUAUAGAGGCUUUGUCUUUAAUUUAAUAAUUUGCUGAAGACUUUCUUGGCAUUGAAUCAAUUCCAUACUGCUGAUGUUGCUUGACAUUAUUGGCCAGUUGGAAUAGGCACCUUUGGCCAUUUAGAAGUGUUAUGAACAGAAUACCAGCAAACCAGUUGGACUCAGACACACCAAGAUUUUGAUUUGAAUUUCAGCCUUAUUAGAAGAUCUAACCUAAGAGUAAGGUAAUCACAGGGAUUCUUUUUUAGAACACUUUUUAUGCAGAUGAAGCUAUUUUUUCCAGCAUGUUGGUUCUCCCACUUUUUCCAUGAAGAAAUCUCCCCGAAUUGGCAUAUACAUAAGAGGACAGCUGAUAUUUCAUCAAGCUGCAGGUUUCUGGUGUGGAUCUUUUCUUUAUAUAUAUAUAUUUAUAUAUAAGAUAUGUACAUAUCUUUAUAUAUCUAUAUAUAUGCAUAUAUAUAUAUAUAUAUGUAUGUGAGUCUGAUUGGGCUGGUAUUUUGUUUGAUCUUCCUGGAAAUGAGCAAUGAUCAAAGCUCACAGAACUGGUUUUUGUUUUUGUUU